AUGGAUUUGAGACUAGUUGUGCAUUAUCGUAAAUCAGUGUACGAUGAUGUGGUGAUCACCCGGGAUGGGGUGAUUGACUGGCGAGGGGGUCAUGGCCAGGGGAACUGCGUUCGUAUCCGAAUAUACAGGAAAGGGUUCAGCGGAUAUAUUGCCUCGGCCUAUGUUUACUUCCUGCGGUCGUCUGGGGUCUACAGGACAUCAGCUGUGAGACACUUGAAGGAGAUGACCUGGGGGGCAGUCCAGGAAGGGAAGGAGCCUGUCCUCUUUCUGAGGCUGAGGACACCGAGGAAACAGUUUUUAGAUUACAAGUGGAGUCAGAGGGUGACACAAAUGGCCCUGGAGAGGAGAGAGAUUGAUUACGCCUUUUCCUGGUUGUCCACACUCGGUGGAGCCUUCUCGGCGAUGGGAGAUCACUUCACACACUGUGCCCAAAUUGCUGGGAAAAUAUCCAUUCAGCAAUUUAAACUAGCUUUACGUCUGGGGGAUCCCCUUCUCGUCGCUCGUUGCAAGCUCUUUGCUGCUCUCAGCCUCAUACAACAGAACAAACUCAAAAUUCCGAAGCAAAUAAUCCCCGAAAUUUAUAACUACGCUGUCGAGAAUAAGGACAAGCAGCUAAAAAAAAUGUGUCAAGGUAUAUGGGCCAAACUUAAGUACCACUAUUUCCUCCAGAAAUCUUCGAAGAGGGUUUACAGAUAAUCCAGUUGGGAAAGUUAGCCCUUUGGAACGGAAUAGGGAUACUUCAAACUUUUUUUUUUAAUUUAGAAUUUAAAAUAUCCCCAUCCCUCGGAGGGAAAAUAUUAAUAAAACGAAUUAAUUAAGUAAAACUCUUGAUGUAUAUUUGUAAAUAAUUUGAAAAAAAAUGUUUGCAAUGUAAAGAUA